CUGUAUGAAAAAUAGGGUCGAGACACUCGCUCAAGUCAAACUAUUGAAAACUUUAAAAUAAAAUGAGGCGUAAGCAUGGAUUCUACGAUCUUUCAGUAACUGCAGCAUCUAAAUCAGCUUUAGUUAAUGUUCUUACUACUUUGAUAGAUUUUGGCUAUCGAACUGUAGCCAUAAAUCAAAUUGUAGAAGAGUCAGCUUUUGAAGCUCAAGACAAAAAGAAAAAGAGAAAAGCUGAUAAGGAUGCUCCUUCACCAAUUCCUCCUCCAAUCUCAUUGGAUGACAUACCUCAGGAGAUUAAAAAUUCUCUGAAAAUACUACAUAGAGUCACAGUUUAUUUUUCAACUUCCGAUAUAGCACAUAAAAUGGUGUCCUCAGAUAAUUUCAAAAAGUAUGAUAUUGUAGCAGUGAUUCCAACUUCAAAAGCGGCUCUUCAGCACACGUGCAAUGCUCUUGAUGUUGAUAUAAUCUCUAUUGACAUUAGUAGUAAAAUGCCAAUUCGAUGGAAUCGCAAACUUUACAAUAUGGCUGCUGAAAAAGGGAUGUGGUUUGAGCUUCCCUAUGCGCUAGCUGUUCUUGACUCCAAUGCCCGAAGAAAUUUGAUUGAGGCUGGACAUCUCUACCAUGCAUUUGGUAAAUCCAAGAAUAUCUUGAUUUCAAGUGGUGCUGAAAACCCCAUGCAAGUCAGAGGACCAUACGACGUGAUAAACAUGAGUCUCUUGUUAGGACUUAGUGAAGAGCAAGCUAAAAGUGCUAUCACCAAUGCAGGGAAAUCUGUUCUCUUGAGAGCUGAGAGUAGGAAAAGAGGAAAAUCUGUAGUUUUCAUUGAACGUUCUGUUUGCAAAACUGAGUUUAAGAAGGACAACGAUGACGAAGAAAUGGAAGAAAGCCAUAUUGGUCCACUAUGUAAAAAGAUUUGUGUGGAGGGAACUUAAAUUUAUUAAAUGUCCACUUUCUCACA